UGACUUCUUCCUUGCCCUGUCGCGACCGCCGACAGACAGAAGCAAGUGGACUGGUUUUAAGCUAAGCUAAUUCAAGUCAAAUUGCAGCCGCUUUGGGAUUUUUUCCACCGACUUUAGUCUCCGUAAAUGCAUCGAUAUUUUUUCAAAAAAAUCUAACAUAUCUUUUCGUAUUUUGGGGUUUGGGCUAACGAGCGGAAUUGCACGAAUAUUUGGGUAAACGGCUUCCGUGCUGCUAGCUAAGAGGCAGCGGAUAGGCGCCACUUUCUGUUUGACAACAGCGUAAUUCGCUCACGUUCCGGCUGUUGUUGUUUGUUGCGGCUUACUGAGCCACCUAGUUUCUAUUAGCUGUUAGCAGCAAUUAGAUACGUUUUCAUACGGAGUAAACGAAACUAAAAAAGCAAGUUAGCAUGGCCGAAUUUCACGAAAAUCCGUCAGUUCUCACGAAAGAGAGACUGAAAAGCGAGCUUGCAGCAAACAAUGUGCCGCUGCCGAGCGGAGACCACAAAAAAGAAGUGUACGUUCAGCUCUAUAAGAAGAACCUGACCGCACAAAACAACAAGAAGAGUCUGCCUGCAGACACUUUUUCCAGCGACGAGGAGUUACCCACUCCCGUGGUGUCCAAUAAAAGCCGCUCGGGAAAAAAAGCAACAAAAAAGACGGAUAAACCCCGCUUAGAGGACGUGGAGGUGACAGAGCUAACAGAUGAAGAUUUGAAACAGCAGCUGGCAAAGUAUGGCGUGAACCCAGGACCCAUUCUUGCUACUACCCGUAAGGUGUAUGAGGAUAAGCUGCAGAAGCUUCGGGAUGAGGUUGCAGAUGAGGGUGAAGCUCCAGAUGUUACAACGCUCCCAAAGGCAGACAGUAGCCAGAAUGGCAACACAAAUUCCGACCAGUACAGUGACAAAGAAGACGAGGAGACUGCUCCCCCUGAACCAGAGCAGGUCCCUGUGGUGGAGAAGCCUGUGAGGAGCAGAGGAAAAACUCCUGUCACCGGCAGGACCAGCAGCAGGCGGCAAGUAAAGGUUGUGGAGGAGAUUUUAAACGAAGAAACCCCAAAAAAGACCAGCAAGAAUGUGAUUGAAGACAUCCUUGCCAACGAGAUAAGCACUCCAACAGGCAUCAGUGCAACCUGCAGACGCCCAAUCAAAGGAGCAGCUGGUCGACCAUUAAAACCAAGUGAGUACUGGCUGGAUGAAUCCCGUGUACAGCGCAGCAUCAGCACUGAGACCCGCACAUACUCCGAGACCGUCUCCCGACCCAUCGCCUCCGUUCCCUCAAGCAAAGCACCGGUCCGGCGAGGCUUUCUGUCCCUUUUGCUCAAGCUCCUCCUCCUUGCCGUGGUGGUGGGUUCACUCUACUACGUCUACCAGAACCUGGAUUCUGAUCAGGUUCGCACCCUCAGAGGCCUCCUGGACAGCGUGAUUGUCCCAGUCCAAGGCGCCGUGGAGACUGCCGCCACCUACCUGGGCAUUGGCAGCAGCGGUGCCACAGAGGGCGCCGGCAAGUAAAGACCCUCAGCCGCUCGUCGUCGUGUCCACAUCCUCCUCCCUGCCUCAGAGCACCACAACUUAAGCAGCAAACUUUGCAGACCUCUUCUUUUUCCUACAAGUUUGGACAAAGGACAAAAAUGUAAUUGGAUUAAUGAACUUUCUUUUAAUUUUUUAUUUUUCUUGCCAGACUCAAGCGUUCCUCCCACCACAAGAGGGAGGUGUACUCCAGCAGUAGCUUUUGGAUAACACUGUUCUGUGGCAGUCAAAAGAGACUAAUUUUAAUGGUUUUAAUAUGUGAAUCGUUUGUGUCUUUGUGUGUUUUAACUCUUCCACGUAGAAAAUGAGUGCGGUGUGGAGAGGCCACUCGAACCAUGCAUGGUGGUAGUUUUGACAGUCAUACUGUAGUUUUUAUCUCGCGCUCUGUGCUAGGUGUUUUUCUGACGGUGAAGUGCCUGGACACUCGUUAGCACUUAGUGCCCUCCCAUGUUCCUGUUUUCUCGCACAACGCUGCAUUUCUACUCCCACUGCCCCUCCCAUGUUCUGUAUGAGUUCUAUACACUUUUGCUUUGUAGCUGUAGUGUAGUGGGUCAUUUCUGUCUAUGGUGCUCAGGUUCUGAUUUGUUGAUGGGGAGGGGCAUGUUGUAAUCAGGUCACAGCAUGAAAAAGAUUAUGUUAAACUUUUUUUUUCUUCUUUAUUCUUGUGGCUGAUUUGUUCAUAUUCGCACAACGUGACCCAAACUACAGGUAAUUUUAGUUUACUAAGAAGUCAAAAACAUAAAUUUCUCAACAUAAAAUCUUUAAUGGCAAAAUAAAAAUGAAGUAUUAUGUCAUGUAUUUGACAAAGAUUCCACAAGGAAAGUAAAAUUGCAGUGUUUUUAUAAUAGUUUUCUUUAUUUCCAUUCAUAACAUUUGCCUAUUUGCUUUUACGUAUGCUAGGGUUUAGGUAUCUGCUGUGCUUCUCAUUUAGGUUUUCAGUUUUUAUCUUUUGUAAGAUUUCUGAUCCUUCGGUCCUCCAUAUUGGACUGGCGGUUGCACUGCACCCACAUAGCCCACUUCAUGUAUGUGCAGACAUUAAAAAGCUCCAAAGAAGACAGAAUCCAGACCAUUUAAGUGAAAUUAAUUGAUUCUUGUCAAUAAAGUUCUGCCUUUGAAUACAAAAAGGCAUUGUAGUUUUAGCAGAUGGAGCUGCGUAACCUGCCGGAAGCAAGGAGGAUUCAGCAGAGGUGAUGUUGGGCUGCAACCAUUUUUGAGGGGGUUUUGUUUCUAUUUUGAUAUUUUUCUAAAGCUGUGUGCUCAACUUUUUGUAUCAUGUUUUAAAGGUAACAUUUGGAAGCAAUAGGUAAUACUCGCAGGAUUACACCAUCAUUUCACCUGAACCAUUUUGUUAUUCGGCAGCUCCAACAAAUGACAAGGGUUAUGUGGGUAAGGAUUCUGAAUCUGUUUAUUUAUGAAAUUAUAGCCUGUGUAUCAUGAAAUAAAAUUGGUUGUUACCGAAACCUUUCUUUCAAAA